GAAAUUAUCCAACCGGGCCCUGGGGAAAACCCGUCUUCUCAGAAGUGUCGGAACAUCGAAUAAGUUGCAUUUCGAUUUGAAACAUGGCUUUGAGUGAAAACGAUUUAGGACUUCUGUGCGCUGGUUAUACGGCUAUUCUUGGCUUUCAAGUUGUCCCACCGAGAAGCCUUGUUCAACAGAGUGCCGCCUCAUCGAUAUGGGAAUCAGCAUUUAGUUGGAUAAGGCCAGAAAGCGCUCGAUCUGUUUUGCCUAAAAUAGGUGUCCAUGAACUCUUCCACACUACUUAUCAACCAUUUGUACCUUCAUUGGCCCAACCUCGAUCCUGGCUCAUGCUAGAGAGUGGCUCUUCUGAUGAUGUCAACGUGACCGUAAAAAUGAUCAAUGGAGGAACAACAACCAUUCGAGCACGGCAAGGGGAAACGGUGGAAUCCAUCAAAGCAGGYAUCCAAAGAAAGCUGUCAAUUCCUUUCCAAGGACUCCAGCUAACUCAUUUUGGACAAAAAAUGUCAGAUGCGCAUACGAUUGAUAUGUACAUGCCCGCGACUCAACUCGAAUCAGUAGGAAAGCCCUCACUGUGUUGUGUGGGAGGUGGAGGGCCCUAUGAGCUUGAUUGUUCUGAGUUUGACCCCCCUUACAACUACGACUUUACCAAUGUAAAGGAUGACGGUAAAGAGUACAAAAGGGGGGGUAAAGUGUAUCAUCGACCUUAUGGAUGGAAGAGGUUUGCUGUAAAAGUCCUCAAUGAUGAUCGAUAUGGUGGAGACAACACCUGGCUUGGGAYAAAAGGAAUACGUACGGAAGAGUGCCCAGGUGAGUGGCCUGUGUCCUACCAUGGGACAGGAGGAGGAGGGAAAGACGCUGUAAGUUCAAUCAUCGACAAUGGAUUUAGUAUUGGAUCAGGUGCUAAAUAUGGUGCUGGUAUCUAUACAAGCCCAAUCAUUAAGUGGUAUGACGAUAAAAACAACCGAUACACUGCCACGUUUGACUACAAAGACGAAAAAUGGAUGUUGCUGUUGCAAAACCGUGUCAACCCAGACCCUGAACAUCUUAAAAUUCAAGAGAAGACCUGGGCAGGGGUGCCAUUUUGGAUAUCACCCCUACAGGAUGUUGAGAAUGGAGUGUUUGAUGUCAGGCCAUAUGGAGUUUUAUUUAAAAAGUGUGGUUAAUGAAUAAUGACAUUUCUGUCUUGACGCCUCAUUAAUUAAUUACUAGUAAAACAAAUCAAAAACAUUGAAAUAUAUUGUAGAAGCAAAAGGUCUUGUUUAAAAAAUGUGGGAUUGAUCUAAGUAUGAUCUUAAAAUGAAUAACUUGUCUACUUUUAUAUCUGUCCUUCUAUUACAGUGUAAAAAAUAAUUUUUAUGAUAAAAAUAACAUGGAAAUUGUCAAAGCAAAAACAAAUAUAUUAAUACUUGCAAAUCAGUAAAAACUUGAGUAUAGUGUAAUCACAAAACAGAAGUAGUAAGAAAAGUAAUGGGUGGGGCAUGGAAAAUAGCAUGGGGACUAGAUACAAAACACCCUUCCCCAAAUCUUGCUCGUACAAAGGGACAGACUAAGGAAAAUCUUUUAAUUUUCCCUUCGUUUUCAGGUGAUGAAAAUUAUCACAGUUAUUAUUUCAUAACACACAUUGUAAUAAUUUCAAGUGAUUGACAGUCAGAUAAAAACACAAGAAAAUCUAAAGUUUAUUAGAUUAAAGAAAAGCAUUAAACAA